AUGAAACUGCAAAGAAUUGAUCACUUCCAAAUCAACUCGACUUCUAAAGGAUGUGCUGUUUUGUUGGUUGGAGAAUACAAAACCCCGUUCUCCGUCCUUGCAGUUUCCGAUAGCUCGGGUCAAGUAAACUUAUUCCGGUUUACCGAAUCGCGAGACACCGAACAGAAAACAUUUUAUGUGGAAAAGCCGGUUAGCAAAUUGAAAGCAGACUAUCAGACCAAAAAAGAUAAACCGCGCCUAAUCAUUGCGCACAAUAAACAAAUAUCAACCUACUCAACACGAGGCAAGCUAUUGCGUAGUUACGAUUCGAAUGUAGAUGGUCAGAUACAGGCGUUUGAUUAUAGUCUGAAUAAUAUCUACAUGGUUACAGGACAUGUUUAUCAGAAAGUUUAUAAUAACAAAGAGGAAGAGUUUCUUCUCUGUCCAGACGCAAUUUCUGACAUCAUGGUAGUUACAGGUAUCGGUGAUUGCUCUACAGCAUUCGUCGUUCUUGCCUGUCAAGACUGUUAUGUUCGAAUUCUGAAGGGUGGAGUUGUCUCCUUCGAAGUGGAAUUGAAUGGUGCCCCUGUUUGCCUUGCAAAAGGACAAUCAUUUGAUUUAGUAUUCUUCGGAAGUGCAAACGGGACCUUUGGAUUAAUACAGUUGCUUUCAACACAGGCAGUCGUUCGGUGGACUCAGUCUCCCUCUGGACAAUACGGUCCCGUGAUAGCGAUUGAACAUUAUGAUUUGGAUCGAGAUGGCGAACCAGAAUUAAUUGUGGCGUACGAAAAAGGUGUCGUGCAAGUCUUUGUCUACGAUGANCGGAUAUCCACAACUUGUUUACGAAGUGGUUCGAUUUUUGGGUUGACUACAGCGCCUGGUGCGGACCAUCCGGAUUCCGGGCGCUCUGAGAAUCCUACGCGAGUGGGACGUGAAAGAAUUCUGAAGAAGUUGCAGGAAGAGCUGAAACAACUAGAGACUCAAGCAACCGAGUUGCGCGCUAGUCUCAACGAAACAGCACCCAGGCUGGUGGUUUUGAAUCCCUUGGAAGUGACACACACGUUCCAACUGGACCCAAACUUAUCAGCGUACGUAUUGCGUAUUGAGUGCAUCGCACCGAUCGACCAUAUAUUGGUGCAAUCGGACUGUCCCGUCGACCUAUUGGACGUGGUCGAGAAUUUGGCCAUCAAAAGCGUCAUGCCUUCCAACCCAAAUGGAGAUGAGAAUUCCCUCCUGGCAACAUAUCGCUGUCAAGCGAAUAUAAAUCGAAUGGAAUUACGUUUACGUACGACUGAAGGAAAAUACGGGACACUUUCUGUUUAUGUGGUGCCAAGCGGACAAAUGCCUUGCGCAUGCAGUCGUCUUCAGGUUCCCAUUUGGCCUCUGGCAUUGCACCGAAGAAUACACGAGUUCACCACAGAAGGACCAGUGAAUCAGUUGAAAUUGGAAGGAAAAUUCUCUUUGGCUGAAAUGCACCAAUGGAUCGUAUUCUGUUUACCCGAUGCCCCUGAAAGACCACCAAUCUACCAUGGUGAUAAUGCGGAUUCCGCAGAGCGAGCCCAAUUGGUGUACGAGUGCACAUUUCUACCCAGUCAACUCGAAUGCAGCUAUCAGCGCAAUCGUGCGCUGUUCCGUUCGGACAAUCUUUGCACUAUAUCCAUCCUCAAGGACGUGCUCACCAAGGAAGCCACAAAACGGAAAAUUCAUUUUAUCAUGGAUUUAGACAUACAUCCGGAUAGUGUGGAAUACACACUGCGAACUAUUCAUCCCCGGUUGGAGUCACUCCUGUUGCUGGGCCGUAAAGUGCAUCUGAUCAAACCACUUCAAGAAUUGGUCGCAAGUGAAACACAAGGCACACAGCAAACCGGGGACACAUCUGCUCGAUUCGGUAGAGAAGAGAAUCCACUUCCAAACAGUCUACCGGCUGACUGUGCCGCUAUCUGGCGUGAUGCCACUCAACUACAGAAGGCUUUUGAAGAUCAAUCCUGCAUAUUAGACAGAUUAUACGGUUGCGUUAUCGACUUGUACAUUGACAAAUAUCGAUUCAAAGGUGUGGAUAUCAAGUCCCGAGUUCCUGCAUUGUUUGACCUGCUCAAUAAUUAUGAUUUUGAAAAGGUUUUGCAAUAUUUUGAUGAGGUGUAA